AUCAAGGGUUAAUUUUGAUCGCGUCGCAGCUGCCGGCAUUUUUGACAGCAGCUUUGUUUAUGCUGUUACCGCAACACAAACGAUCCGACUUCCAACAUGAUCUUGUCGAAUCUGUUACAAACAAGCAAGUUGCUCGCACGAUGGGGAAUACAUCGUGCCUACUGUACAGACCCCACUCGUAUAGAGAAAACUGUAAACACUGUCACACUGCUAGGUCGCGUUGGUGCGGAUCCACAGCGGCGCGGAAAUGAUGCACAUCCGGUGGUUAUGUUCUCCGUAGCAACACACUCCAACUACAAAUACGAUUCUGGUGAUUGGAUGCAGAAAACGGAUUGGCAUCGGGUGGUGGUAUUCAAGCCGGGACUACGGGAUGCGGUGAUGUCGUACUUAAAGAAAGGACAGCGUACGAUGGUCACCGGGAAGAUCACAUAUGGUGAAAUUACCGACCAGGAAGGAAAGCAACGGGGCACUACCAGUAUCAUUGCCGAUGAUGUUAUUUUUCUCCAGAACUAAGAGCGCCAUGUUUAGCCAUGUAUUUGCAUUUGUUUUGUAUAGUUCCCAAGAACUGGCUUAAGAGUAAAGUUUUUUGAAAGUGUA